AUGGGGAAAGUAAUAUGUGAUGUCGUAACCAGUGAUACAUCUGGCGAUGAACAAAGAAAAACUGUUCGAGAAAAGCAGAAAAACCGAACAAAGAAAAAGAAACGUAAAAGGGACUUGACAGAUCUGCAUCAGAAAAUAUUCAAAUCAAAGAAGGAUAAAAAAACGAAGAUCGAUGGAAAGUUAGGCACACGAAGUUCAAAAAGAAUAUCGAAUAGAAUUCUUCCGAAAGCUUUAUCUGGUAUAUACAGAAAUGGUGCAACUGGAAAAGAAAUACGAAGACCUCAAACAAAAUUACCUUUGGAUAAUUUAAAUAAUGCUCGUUUGGAAGGAAAUGUGCUCAAACUUUUAGAUGGCUAUGAUUCAAAAUCAGAAGAUAUUAUUGAAAAUAACACUAGCGAGAUUUCAAAAAACUUAUUAUUUGAUUCUGCUAUUAAAAAUAUUCUUCAACCAACUCCUAUUAAUAAACAAGAUACAAGUCCUGUUUUGGGAAAUAUAGAUGGAAAGAAAAGAUACGAUAAAGAUGAUUAUAUAAAAGAUUUCAACAUUUCUAACACCGAGUUUCUUCAAAAACAAUUAGAAAAGAAGAAACCAGUUGAUUCAAAAAAUUUAGGAGACUCUGCUUUACGAAAAUAUGAAGAAUUAUGUAUAGAUAUCUUUCUUGAAAAUUUUGAAGAACCAAAUUUUCCGGAUCAUCUCGGAACAGAUCCGUUAAUAAAAGUAAAAAAAAAAUUAAGAAAUAUUUAUGCAGAAUCAUUUCGUAGUCAAUUUUUACGGGAUAUGAUCAAGCGUGGUAACAUUUUAAUUCAAUGUGAUACACCAAGUACUUCUAACGAAAAUUUUCUUUCUUGGGAUACUGUACGUUGCCCUCCUUCAUAUACCCACAAUACAGAUUUUAUAUCCAAGACUAUGGAGAAUACAAAGCGCCAUAUUAAUUAUAAAAGAAACCAGGAGAUCGAUUGUUUACAAGAAAGCCAAGAUUCGCUUUUAAUACCAGAAACGAAUUUUAGUUUGAAUAACGAAAGGAACGAAAAUGUUCCGACCAAAUUAUUAUUUGAUAUAUCCUCGUUAACUAAUACAAAUAUAGGAAUGAAAAAUUUACGUGAACCAGAAAUGAAUGAAGAAAGGAAUAAUUUAAUUAAUGAAGUCUCAACAGAUGCAAGCAAUCCUACUUCUUUAGAAGUAAAUCAUUCUACAGCUUCUAUAUGUAGAAAUAAUAACACUUUAAAAUAUACUGAAACAAAUAAAAUUAAAAGAAUAAAGGAGAAAAAUAAGCCUGUUUUAUUUGCGCCAUCUGAAAUAGGAUUUGAAAAUAAUUUUAUUAAUGAAAAUAAUUUGAUGAAAGGGAAAAAUCAGAAUAUGCAAACUGUGCAUAUUUUGAAGAAUGAAUUAAAAAGACAUCAAGGAAAACAAAAUUUAAAGAUACUGAAACAAGUUAAAAUGAAGAAUUUAAAGAACAAACCCGCUAUAUUACGAAGAUGCAACAACACCAUCACAAAUAAUAACAAUCGAUUAAAUUUAUUCCAGGAGUCAAUGACUAAUAUUAAAAAAGCACCUCGAGAAAUACUUUUCGAUGUUGCAUCAAAGCAAGAAAUUCCAUUUCCUUCACAAUCUUUAAUGACAGAAUUGAAUGAAGAUUCAAAAAAGCUGCAAAGAUCAAGUACAUCAAAUACUUUAUUCGAUGCUGCAAAAAUGAAGAAUCCGAAUGUAAUGGAUUCACCGAAGGUAUGUGACAAUGAAAUAUAUUUUAUGAAAAAAUCUUGUUCACAACCAACGGAAUCUAAACAACAAUCACAGAAUCUUCAUGUAAAUGAUAUUUUCGUGAAUAAGAAAAAUCCUCCGGUACAGAAAACGGUGAUGUUUACAAAGAAAGACUCGCGAAAUAUAGGACAAUGUUUAUACGUGAAUAAUUUAAUUGCUCGUGAAACGGCAGAUAGUUCAAAUGUCUGUAUUAUACGAAAGAAUGUUCCUUUGCAACAUGAAAAAUCAAUAAAAAAUACUUGUACUGUGCAAGAUUGCCAAAAAGUAUCCAAUUGUUACAAAACAUUUCAUUGCUCGCAGAAUUCUGAAAAUUCCAAUUAUGGUUGCCAAGAAUUUAAGGAAGCACAUGCACCACAAAUACACCAAAUACAUCAAAAACCAAUGGUUUAUGAAAAAGUAUUAUUAAAAAAAAUCCAGCAACAACCUAAAUAUGAAAAUAAUCAAAAAUGUGAUAAUAAUCAACAUGUUUACUAUGUAAUGGUAGAUCAAUGUAAAGAUUCAAACAAUUUGCAAAAAUGUUCCCAUGAUAAUGUAUCUCAAAUUGAGAAACCUAGAACAUUGCAUAAUGGGCGAUUAUGUCAGGAAGAUAUAACUGAUGUUAGUAUUCUCAAAGGUGUGCAUAAUUUAAAGAUAUUGCCUGUGGAAGAACAAGAAUCACAAAUAAAAUUUAUUGAUAAUCAAUAUAUACAAAAUGCAAUAGAAUUGGAACAACAACCAAUUAAAUAUUUGGCAUUUGAAAAUGAUUCAAAAACACAAAAAGUUCCUAUCUACAAGCAUGUUACUUCUGUCGAUAAUGUAGAAGUGACUAAUUCAAAUACUAAUUAUCGCGUAAUAUCAUGUCUUCAAGAACCAACUCAAAAAAUUAUUUUCGUGCCAACUUGUGAGCAAAAUAAAGUUGUAUAUGUCGAACAACAAAAUUUGCAUUCAAAUGUUGCUUUUGAAGAACAAUGUUCGCAUCCUAAAAAGAUAAUCCUGUAUCGACCGGAAAUGCAAUCUAUCAACGAUUCUUCAAAUGUAUGUGAAAUUCAUGUUCCAACAAAACAAAACGUGGUAGAAAUAAGAAAAACUGAUUGUGAGCCAAUCGUAACUACUUUACAUCAUACUGACAAGGCUAUAAAAUCAAGACGAAAUGUAGUAAAUUGGGAAGAACUUCAUUAUCGACCAAACUAUGAACACAAUGCUUGUGUAAAGAGUCAAGCAGUAUUCUAUCAAAAGUAAAAUUUAAUUUAAUUUUACUACAUUCAUCUAAAUAUAUGUCAGAUAUUUUUUCAUUAUUACAUAUAUCAUUACAGUGAAAUACGUAAAAUUAUUAUUUAUUACGUUUCACUUUAAUGUUUGCUA